AUGAAAGAGGAGCAUAAUAUACUGGAUUGUAAAAAAAAGAGAGAAGAAGCUAUAAUAAUCGAAACCAAAGUAGUAGGCGAUCUUACGAACGAGUUACAAAUGGUCGAACUACCAGAACUACCAACUACGAAUGAGAAUAAUGGUUUCCACGAUUUAAACGAAUAUCGAACGCAACCUGACAUACUUAAUGGAGCUGAUUACUUCGAUUAG